AUGGAGAAUAGGCAUGACGAGAUUGAAGGUUUGUUGUGAGAUAUUUAGCUUAUUUAUAGCGAGCUUUGUAGUGAGAAAAUACAGAUGGUUGUCUUUGAUUAGGUAUUGAAAAUCCCAUGCUGUGUCUAUGGAGUAUUAAAAGAAUUAAACUGACUCCCACCCUAUCCACAAACUGUUUUUAUUCAGUUCUUCAAUAAAAUAAGAAUUGAAUAAAGAAUCUUAGUUAUUGGUAGUUGUACAACAAUGUUUGUCAAGCGAAUGUGAUAUGCAACAUAUAGGGACAUUGUGAUAAAACUGAUAAUUAUUUGAUUUGGUUCAAGGCAGAGACAGUUUGUCUGCGUAUAAGAUCUGGGGAAGAUCUUCCCAUGUUUAUACACACACAACUGAUCAGUCAAACUAUUUUUCUUUGGCUGAUUUGAUUAUAAUUAUUACUAAAAUAAUUAUCUUGUGUUCCAGAUGACAUAUUUGAUCAUCAUAUGCAUGAGAUCGAUGUACGUGAAACACCAAGGUAUAUUACACUUUAUCAUCACAUAUUUUCAUUCAGCAUUGUCGCCAUUACAGUCUAUUCCUCCAGCUCUUGUUGACCACUCCAAUUUAGUCCAUACAUUCUCCCCCCACUUUACCUGUUUAGUUUUGUUUACCUGUUUAGUUUUGUUUACCUGUUAGUUUUGUUUACCUGUUAGUUUUGUUUACCUGUUAGUUUUGUUUACCUGUCUAUCUCAUUCAUUCAUUUUGUCUUCCCUCCAUCCAAACAUAUUCUCGUAAUUUGUACUGUGUGCCGAUACUGUUUCCACCCCGGAGUGAUCUUCCCAUGGAGGAAAGUUCAUUCCAGUCCUCAAUUGUACAUUUUAUUAUUAUCAGAAAUUGCUUUCACUUCACAGCAACACAAAUUUUCCUCUUCAAACCUGCAGCUAUACUGUAGCUCUAAAAAUCACACCUCCACAAAUGUAAAAUCUACAGGCAUGUAAUUGAGAAUGCUUUGGAUUGCAUCCGUACCAAUCUGAAGCUUUAAUAUUAUUGCCACUACCUAGACUAGCACAGACCUUCAAGGCAUGUAAUUGAUCCUUUCUGCAACAAACCAUUAUAAUUGUUUGUGUGAAAAUGUAGAUGGGAAAUGUCAGAAGAAGAACCAGAUGAAGAGGAAGAACAAGCAAGAAUAUUGAACUGUGAUGGUUUACCAAAACAACAAGUAAAACAGGUGACAUGCCAGAUAAGUUUGAUAUUUUUCAGUUGAGAAACUCUUCAUAAAAGCAUUGUAAUGUUUUCUAGAAUACAAAUAAGAAACCCGCAGAGAUCAUCCAAAAUGGACCCACAUGGGAUGAUGUUUCUGAGCAAGACUCUGUAAAG